UUUGAAUUGCAGUCAUCGAUCCGCGUGGUCGUAAACACAUGUCGGCUGUCAUCGCCUAUUGUUUUUGUUUGUUUGGGCGCGCUUUUCCCGGAUUUCGCGGUAAAAAAGGAAUGAGCCCCCACGAUGCCGAAAUCCCGAAAAGCCUGCAAAAUCAGUUAAUUUUUAGUGAGAAGUUGCACCUGGACCGAAGGACAAUCGUAGUGUAUGGAGUGACGAGAGAUCUGCGGUUGUUGGAGCUGCAAAAGAAAAAUGUUAACGGUUCCGUUUCUCUUGGAAUUUCAACUCCCACGACGGCUUCGGCGGGGUUUUUCGAGGAUACCUCUGUGGAAAUGGAAACGGCGGACGCCGAAGCGACUGAAACGGAGCAACACCCGCGCACGAUCAAAGUGCACAUGUUCUGUGCAAACGAUGGAGCAUCGAGAACGCGCUUUAUUCUUGUGCAACUCGAUCGGACUCUGAUUGUGGUGGAGCGAAGUGAUCCGCGAACGCUCGUGGUACACUCACGGUACGACGAGUUUCGGCAGUUUUCAUUUGUCGAUCACCCCCACAGACCCGGUGCCUGCGCGGUGCGCAUCGAGCUGGACCAGCAGCUUCGCGUUGAACCGAUCGUUACGGAUUUUCUGGGAGGCCCGGUUGCGCCGGGCAUCGAACUGGAAGCCAGAAUUAGCUGUUUCGAUGAAGUGCUGAAAAUGCUAAAGCAGCACACUGCCGAACGAAAGGUGGAACUCCGGACGGCUCAGCUUACCGUGAGUCAGCUCUUCAACGACAUCCACCAGUCGCAGAAAAUCGUUCCAGAUGCCCUGCGCUGUUCGGAUCCCGAGGGCAUGCUUCCGCUGGUGAGGUAUGGUGAAGUUUGGAAACGGAUACACAACGAUCGGUUGGUGAUCGGUGUCCCCCUGUACAAUUGUACGUACGAAAGACGGUUAACAUUGAAAAACCUCUCGCUGGUAAUGGUUAGUAGAGACCUCAAACAUCUUGAUUACAUCAGCCAAUUUUAUCAAAUAAAGGAUGACGAUUUCGAUUUCAAGUCGUACGAUGAAUUCAUGGAGAUGGAAGAUACGAUUGAACGAUCGUUGUCUUUUGGCAUGGAGUGGACAGCUGACAAGAUAAAUGUUUUACAUCCCGAGCAAACUGGAGUACACGUUGCUUGUUUCGAUUUAUCAUCGCUGCUGCAGCAUGGUCCCGAUGUUUGCCUUGAUUGCCACGUUACCUAUAGGGUCGCUACGAUUGAGAAAGAGUGCGUAGAACUACAGCUAAACGUGGGACCGUUGACUAUACCGCGUACGCAGCUCUACAGUACCGCCCUUUCCAUACAGCUGUUCAGCGAAGGGGAAACAUAUCGCGAUUUACUGACCAUUACUUGCACAUCCGAACAGCUUGCAAUAGAAAUCAGUUACAAGUCGGCGCACGUCGGCAUUGGCUUAAAAGACUUUUUUGUCGGUAGAUUAGGGUUUGCCGAAGUGCUAUCAAGCGUGGAAGAUCGAAGUUUACUAUAUUGCGGCGAUAAUUCAUACUGGCAGGGUACGCUGAUAAGGUUGGAUCGAUUGAUUGACCAACGCAUGAAGGCGAAACUAUACUGCAGAUUCCUUCAUCAACUGGCUACAUUAGUUCAGUCAAUAUAUUCGGACUAUGAAGAGAUCUGUACGGUCAGGAUCUGCGCUACCAACGAGAACGGUACCGCAUCUGAACUGAAACAACGUCUACUAGAAGAACUUAGCACGAAACUAGACCAUCCAACCAACGUGGACGAAUGUAGGCGGAGGGAGUUCUGCACGGAUAUCAUUUAUUGCUCGUUGUCAACGAUAGCCCGAGACCGCGAUGAUAGUGACACUAGUUAACACUAACCAAAUCUUGCCCAUCACCAUUUCCACGAUUGUCGAUGCCAACGUGAAC